AUGGUGCGGAGCUUGGUGCUGGGGGCCUCGAGGAACAAGCUGCUGGCAGAUCUGAGGGUGUGGGUGGAGGAUCCCGGCAGCGUUGUUCUGAAUGCACUGGAGCUUGUGGAUGCUCCUGCCAGUCUUGAGGAGAUAAAGAUUAGUGACAGAGGAGGAAAGGAGGAUGUCCUGGCCGUCAAAGGUCAGUCUCAGCGUGUCAUGACAAUGGUUGGUGAUGACGUUGUUUUACCAUGUCAGCUGAAGCCUCCAACAGAUGCUGCUCCAAUGAUCCUGGAGUGGGGGAGACCUGACCUGAACCCCAGAUUUGUCUUUGUGUGGCACAACGGUCAGGAACUUCUAGUGGAUCAAAACAAGGCCUACAAGGGAAGAACAUCACUGUCCAUUGACAAACUGAAGCGUGGAGACAUUUCACUGAAAAUCUCCAAAGUGAAAAUCUCUGAUGAAGGAACAUACAGAUGCUACAUUCCAAAACUGAAUGAAGAAUAUUUUGUUAAGCUUGAUGUUGGUGCUGUCUCCUCACCUGGCAUCAGCUUAGUGGGGAUUGACAGAUCCUCCAGCGGAGUGGUGUUACAGUGUGAGUCUAAACGCUGGAAUCCAGAGCCUGAGAUGUUUUGGCUGGACGGUGAGGGAAACCUCCUCUCUGCUGGACCUACAGAGACAGUCAGAGGUCCUGAUGACCUCUAUACUGUCAGCAGCAGAGUGACUGUAGAGAAGAGACACAACAACAACUUCACCUGUAGAGUCCAACAGAACAACAUCAACCAGACCAGAGAGACACACAUUAUUGUUCCAGAUGAUUUCUUCAUGGCUCCAUCCAGUUGUGCUGCUUCUGUCACCACCAGUGUGUUGUUUGCCUUCAUGUUUAUUCUUGUAGUUGUCAUUUUUGUCCUGAAAUGGAGACAACACAAACAUGAACAACGCCUUUUGAAGGAGGGAGAAGACACCAAGGCGCAGCUCACUGAAAGCAAGAAAAUGGUGGAUUUGGAAAAGGAAAAGGCCAAACUUAAUGAGGAGUUACAGAAGGAAGCGGAAGAGCAGAAAUAUUUGGAGCAGCUGAUUGAUAUACUGAAGGAACAUAAGAAGGAACUUCUGAACCAAAAGGGGCAAAUAACCGUCCAGGAGGAGAAGACAAUGAAACUGAUGGAGGAGAAUGAAACAAAGUUUAAUUUAGUGGAGAAAGAAAUAUCAGAGAAGGAGGGAGAUAAGACAGUAAACAGAGCACAGGGAUACUUAAAACUAAAAGAAAUCAUUAAAGAGACCAACUGGAGCCUGGACGAGAGAAAGCAAGAAGAACAGAAAGUGGGCGUGGCCAUAGAUAAAGUAGUGAAGAUGACUGAUAUAGAGGUUUUAAGAAUGACAAACAAGAACAAGCAACUACAGAGCCACGUGGAGGAAAUUAAUGAACAACUGGAAAAGAUAAACAGACAACAAGAUGAGAUACAGGAGAAACUUAAGUCAGAGACAAAAGAGAAGAAAGAGGACAACAAAACAAAUCUUUUAACACAUAAUCAAGUUAUUUGA